AUGCAUUUACCCUAUGCCCUUGGAGUCCUGCUCGUCUCCGCUGCGGGUAGCAUUGCCUCCCCUUUAACAGGAAACCUUGCGGUCUCCUCGUUGAGUACCGAAGUAGAAUCUGACCAAACUGCCUUCUACUACGGGACCGCCAGAAGCAGGUCCUUCUUGAUUGGCAAUGAUGGAAGUGCAGCAACGGGCGGGAUCCGCAGCUUCAGCCUGCAAAACUUGAACGAGACGGCCCGAGUCAAGCCCGGUCGUACCAAGGUAGCUGGCCUCUUGUACGAUGUCGGGCACCGCGACCUUGUCGUCUCCAUUGCAGCACCAGACUCUAUUAUUCGCGUGUUUGAUGUCAAUGGUUUGGGUGAGAUUCCUUCAACGCGGAAGAAGGCACUCGGAGAUUGGUCAUGUCUGUGCACCUGGACUAGUUCUAGCGGAGGCAAGUAUUUUUAUCUCUUGGGAAAGAAGCAGGGCAUCCAGUUUCUGGUGCGAGAGAAGGGGUCAAAAGUCGAGGUUCUGGAGGUCCAAACUUUCCCGCUCCCAGUCGAACCAAGUUCUUGUGCUGUCUCGCCGGAAGAUAACGUUGUAUACUUUGCUGCCGAGGACAAAACGAUUUAUUCCUUUGCAGCUGCGGAAUCUACUACAGCUCCGGAUAUCCAAACACUGGGGCAGGUCAGCGACGAGAUUUCAGGGCUCGCCGUUUACGUGUCUGCCGCGACCCAGUACCUGUUUGUGACUCAGUCAGACAAGGUUGAGGUCUAUACCCCAGAGCUAGAGCAAGUGGGCUCCUUGGCUGUGACAGGUGUGGAAGACCUCGAAAUCGCUGGAACUUCAAUCUACCAAUCUAACUCGUCCCAAUAUCCGUACGGACUGUUGGGCUUCGCUAUUGAGAGUGAUUCUGGCAACGCCUUCGGUGUCGCCUCGCUCGAGCCGGCUUUUACUUCCCUAAAACUGCAGCCAAAUACGUCAUAUACGCCCAGGAGGAGCUCUGGGCAGUCUGGCCCAAAGCAAAACGGCUUCCCGAGCGCAAACAACACUCUCUCCUGUUUUGCCGGUUGGACGGGCUCUGAUUGUACAGAGAUAACAUGCCACAACAACUGUUCCAGACACGGGACCUGUUUAGGUCCCAACGAAUGUAAAUGCCGUAGCCAUUGGGCAGGACCAGAGUGUUCCUGGAUUGGGGUUGAGGCCAAGUACGAGACCGAUGCAAACGGCGGCGACGGCGACGACCCUGCUAUCUGGAUUUCUCCAGCGAACCUUAACCGAUCAACAAUUAUCACGACCACAAAAUCGGAGAUCGGGGCCGGACUGGCGGUAUUUGACCUGAAGGGAAAUCUGCUUCAGACGGUGGCCGCUGGUGAACCGAAUAACGUCGAUAUUAUAUAUGGCUUCCAGGCCGGGCGGCGGACGAUCGAUCUUGCAUAUGCCGCUUGUCGGGAGGACGAUACACUCUGCCUGUUCGAAAUUACACCGGACGGCCUUCUUACUUCUAUCCCGGGUGGAAGACAGCCAACACCGGAAGACUACACGGUUUACGGCUCGUGCAGUUACCGCUCGCCUUCCAACGGAAAACAAUACCUCUUUGUCAACGAAAAGUCUGGUCUCUAUCUCCAAUACGAACUGACUUCCUCGCCUAACGGAACUCUCGCCACAACCCUUGUCCGCAAGUUCACCGGCGGUUCAGGCGGCCAACCGGAGGGAUGCGUUGCUGACGAAGAAAACGGCUACAUCUUCCUUGGAGAGGAGCCAUUGGGACUAUGGAGGUACGAGGCAGAGCCAACGGGGUCUCCAAACGGAACCCUUAUCGCCAAGGUGGGUGAUGGGACUAUCUACGCGGACGUAGAGGGCGUCACGCUACUGCCGGGGCAAACCCCUGAACAGGGUCUUAUCAUCGUCUCGUGUCAGGGGGUGAGUGCGUACUCCGUCUAUAGACGGGCGGAACCGCAUGACCAUGUGUUAACUUUUACGAUUGGGGAAUCUGGCGAUGGGAGCGUUGAUGGGGUCACCAAUACAGAUGGAGUUACUGGGGUGUCGACAGGAUUGAACGACGACUUUCCGAGGGGGUUGCUUGUUGUUCACGAUGAUGCGAAUCAGCUAUCUACAGGUGAAACGGCGGAGCUGGCUAGCUUUAAGCUUGUGAGUCUCGAAGAUGUACUGGCGGCUGCAGGCAAGAGAACGUGGUUGUUCGAGGAAGUCGACGAGACGUGGGACCCGAGGGCGUAA